GCUGUUUGUUUUUCCUCUUUCUGGGACUGAUGUACAUGUUCAGGCCCAACAUGUCGUUCGUGGCUCCGGUCCAGGAGAAGGUGGUGAUCGGAAUGUUUUUCCUUGGAGCCAUCCUCUGCCUCUCCUUCUCAUGGCUCUUCCACACAGUCUACUGCCACUCUGAGGGCGUCUCCAGAGUCUUCUCCAAGUUGGACUACAGCGGGAUCGCCUUCCUGAUCAUGGGCUCGUUCGUCCCCUGGUUGUACUACUCCUUCUACUGCUCCCCUCAGCCCCGCUUCAUCUACCUGAUAGUGGUGUGCAUACUGGGAUUGUCCGCCAUCACCGUCUCCCAGUGUGACUUCUUCGCCACGCCGCAGUACAGAGGAGUGAGAGCAGGAGUGUUUGUGGGUCUGGGUCUGAGCGGCGUGGUUCCCACCCUUCACUUUGUCAUCAGCGAGGGUCUGAUCAAAGCCACCACCAUGGGUCAGAUGGGCUGGCUGCUGCUCAUGGCGACGCUCUACAUCACCGGCGCCUGUCUGUACGCCGCUCGCAUCCCCGAGAGGUUCUUCCCCGGCAAAUGUGACAUCUGGGUAAGCGGCUUUAUCCUCCUAGUUCACAGGAGCACUUUCUUCUUCACAUUUUUCUCUUUGUAUGUCACUCGCACACAUUUAAUUUACUCUCUCUCUCUCUCCGUCCGUCUCUCCCAGUCUCCCCCCCCCUCCCCGCCUCCUCCUCCUCAUUCCACAGAGUGGCAGCGCUGGCACAGCAUCGUUCAGAAAACCCUGAGCUGAAAACGAGCUGCGGUAGCUGCCUGUGCGCACCUCUCUCCUCAGAUCCCCCUCGGGGCCGUCAUAGCCGGUGAACCAAACCCCUCCAACAGUCAGUGGAUAUAUAUGAGACAAGAGAUCUGCGCUCAUUUUUGGCACAGCGUGAGAAGGGCACAGUUAUUUUGGAGAGAAAUAAUAAAGCUCCUGUCCUGUCCACAUCGGCCCCGCGUUAGGAGUGGGAACCUCUGCGCUGUGAAGAGUCGCUCCUGUGCCGUGCAGCAGUGCGCUGAGAGCAGCCACACACUCAGAAAACGCACUAAAAAGGCAGGAGGAGAUAAAGGAAGGUGGAGGAUAUUUUACGCACAGCAGCACUCAGUAGCUCUGUCUGACACGCGGCCACUUACUGGGAGUCUCCUGUUUAGGACUCAGCACAGUCGGAUUUGCACUUGACUUAAAGUCCACACAUACAGCAGUCGGCUG